ACAUCAAACCACAGAGGAAAAACUGCAACAGGGGCUUCACUGAGGGGGCGAAAGUGUAACAAAGCGUUUUCCAGCACCGGUGACUUUAUCGCCUUUUCCAAUACGGAAGUUGAAAAGAACAACACAUUUUCUUGCUUUUCGAGAACUUUUCCCUGUUUGGCGCGGCCGUGCGGGGAUGGAUGAGAUGCGGCCUAGCAGCGGAGCAGCAGCACACCUCGGCCUCGCCUCGAUCUUUCCCCCGGGAUUGCAGGCCAUUUAUGGGGAAUGCAGACGUCUGUAUCCCGACCAGGCGAACCCGCUGCAAGUCACAGCCAUUGUGAAGUAUUGGUUAGGUGGUCCAGAUCCUCUGGAUUACAUUAGUAUGUACAGAAACGUGGGAUGUCCUGGACAAGACGUACCAGAACAUUGGCACUAUGUCAGCCUGGGUCUCAGUGACUUGUAUGGAGACAACAGAGUUCACGAAUUUACAGGUCUAGAAGGCCCAAGUGGUUUUGGUUUUGAGCUCACGUUUCGUCUGAAGAGAGAAGCAGGAGAGACGGCACCCCCAACUUGGCCUGCUGAGCUCAUGCAAGGCUUAGCUCGAUACGUGUUUCAAUCAGAAAACACAUUCUGCAGCGGCGAUCACAUUUCGUGGCACAGUCCAUUGGACAACAGCGAGUCUCGAAUCCAGCACAUGCUUCUCACAGAGGACCCUCAGAUGCACCCAGUGCAGACCCCCUUCGGCCACGUCUCCUUCCUUCAGAUCGUGGGUGUUUGCACAGAGGAGCUGCAGGCAGCGCAGCAGUGGAACGGUCAAGGCAUUCUGGACCUGCUGAGAGGAGUGCACAUUGCUGGAGGUCCAUGGUUAAUCACUGACAUGAGAAGAGGAGAAUCCAUAUUUGACAUUGAUCCACAUUUGCAACAGGAACGAGUGGAUAAGGGCAUCGAGACGGAUGGCUCUAACCUGAGUGGGGUGAGUGCCAAGUGUGCUUGGGAUGACUUGAGCAGACCUCCCGAGGACGAGGACGACAGCAGGAGCAUUUGCAUUGGGGCACAGCCACGCAGACUGUCGGACAAAGACACCGAACAGAUUAGAGAAGCCCUGAGGAAAGGACUGGAGAUUAAGAGCAAGUCUAUCCUGCCUCCCAUCAGCGGUCAGAGGCACAGUCAUGACCGGCCACAACAAUCAGUUGGACAUUUCCAGACCCAGCAGAUAUCAAGGAGUCGUAAGGACAGUCUGGAGAGCGAGAGCUCAGCUGCUAUUGUUCCUCAUGAGCUGGUCAGAACACGACAGCUAGAAAGUGUACACCUGAAGUUCAACCAGGAGUCUGGGACUCUUAUCCCAAUGUGCCUCAGAGGUCGUCUGCUUCAUGGCCGACAUUUCACAUUUAAAAGUAUUAAUGGAGACACGGCAAUCACCUUCGUAUCCACUGGGGUGGAAGGAGCAUUUGCCACCGAAGAGCAUCCGUAUGCUGCGCACGGACCAUGGCUACAGAUAUUACUUACUGAGGAGUUUGUAGAGCAGAUGCUAGCAGAGGUUCAGGAUUUGAGCACCCGUGAUGUGUGUAAGCUGCCGAAAGAGUACAGCUGGCCUGAUAAGAAGCUAAAGAUCUCAGUCCUGCCAGACACUGUGUUUGACAGCCCGCUGCAAUAAGACUCACUGUGCCUGAUUACAAACCCACAAACUCUUUUGCCUACAGACAGCUGAAGGAAACAGACACUCUUGUCCCAGAGAGCAUCGUAGAUGAUUGCACAAGACAGAACAUUUUAUAAAUGUACUACAUUUUGUAUUGUGUCCAUUAUACCACUUGUCUUUGUGUGGGUCUACCUAUUCAAUCCUAAUUGUGUUUCUUGUCUCAGUUUCAAAAGACGUGCUAUGUAUUUCUUGUUGAAAUUUUAGCAGCACAAGACAACGUGCAAGCACUGGUGCCUUUAUUUACCCUGGAGUGUCAUGUUGAGAUAAAAAUCACCUUUCUUAAAGGAACAGUUCACCCAGAAAUCAAACAGGCGUCAUGUACUCACACUUAACUUGUUCCAAACCUGGCCUCUCGUCUUUUCAUAUUGUUUUUCUGGAUGUCAAAACUACCGGUUUCCAACAGUCUUCACUGUUGUUUUGUGUUCAACAGAAUAUUAGAAAGACUAAACAGUUUGGAGCCACUUUUGAGAGUGAGUAAAUAGUUAUUUGGGGGUGAACUGUCCUUUUAAAGUCCUGCUUGUAAUGUGAAGGUAAGCAUACUACAAUGUUUAUAUAUAAACACCAAGUCUGAGUAUCUGGUUUUGCUCAACUUACCUAUUUAAAACCCAGUAGUGCCUAUUAAAUGAGGAUCAUCUUUCAUAAGGGCUUUAACUGUUCACCAGUAGGUGGUUAGUCAGUUCACCUACACAAUACCAAAGCCUGUACAUUAUGUGUAGUUACAUACAACGUGCAAAGUAACAUGAUGAGGAGCAUGAAAUUGCUUUUUUUUGUUGUUCUUUUAAACAAUUUCACUUGUAUUAAACUUAAUUUCCUUUGACAUUUUGAUUGCAUUCCAAGCCUCCUUAUAGGAAAGCAAACUAACUGGUUUCUGAAUGGCAGUCAAUUUCUCUGAAUGCGUGGUUGUCGUUUUUGGGAUAUGUGCUCAAUAUUUUAGGUCAAAGUGUAUAAAAGAACCUCUAUUAGUGCUUUUCAAAGAUGAAUUUAAUUAGAGUGUACUGACAUAUUUUGUUUUUAAAUCACUACACUGCCUGUGGUUUUGUUACCUUUAAGUGCAUUAAAGUUAUUUACAUAAA